AUGAUUCAAGAUUUUAACGGAGCAGCUGCUGUAACAAGAAGAAGAGGAAAUAAUCGUGCUCUAGUUGAUUAUCACCGAUUGGGAAAGCAUUCUGUGAUUUCAAGCAUGUUGAUGAUUGCAAUAGUGCUGCUGAUGAUGAUAGUGAAUGGAAUGGAUAAUAUGGUGAAGGCUGAUUCGUGUAAUAUUGGCGAGUUGGGCAGAGUUUCAAAAUGGUUUCGUGUUAAUAAUGAAACGGCACUGAGUGAAUUAUUCUUCUUACCAUCUGCCUUGUCAGAGUUGGCUGGUGUCAAUUUGAUCUUUGCAGCUCCAAUUCCUGAAGGAAACAGUUCCGAACCAAUCAUUGAAUUUGAGGCGACAAAGAAUUGUGAAGGGAGAUGCUUUUCAAUGAUUGAUAACUCGACUUAUUACUUGAUGGAUUCGUAUGAAUUUUACUUCCCGAGGGAAUCUUUCAAUAAUUCACACAAUGUGACAAUGGGUUUUAUUGUUUGGGAUAAAAUUGGUGUAUUGAAUGUGGAUCCAAAAUCUAUGAGAAUUCUAGUAAGAAACAAGGAGGAAAUAAUAGAUUCUUCCAGUUUCAAAGAUGGUUUGCAAUUUGAUUUGGGUGCACUUGAAAAAUGGAACAUUGAAAAUAUUACUAUUCAAAUUGUGUCUAAUAGUAAGCCAAUUGAGAAGGAAAUUCAAAUGGGAGAGAAUGUUGAUUUAUCCUAUCAUUCUUCCUUCUCAUUGCCACUCACUCAAUUUCCUGAUAGAAGAAUGAGAUUAUUAUUUUCACAACCAAGCAUUCCAAUUCAAUUUAAUCUUAACCCUUACAAUUCCAAAGAUAUGAAAUUCCACCGUUUUAGAAAUCGAGAGUAUAUCUUCCUGGAUGCAUUUUCAUUCACUUUCAAAACAGAUAAUGGAACAGCAAAUAUUCCAGAUUAUAUUUCAAGACUUACCAUCAAGUAUACUUUUGAAUCGAUUAACAACACAAGAACAGAUAUUAAUGGAAAACAAGUGAAUUUACUAGAUGAUAGUUUAUUGGUAGCUACACAAUUCGAAGGAGUCUUUUACGAAUCUAGCUAUACUAAACUUGCCUCCAACACAUCUGAAAUUUUGCAAUUCGAAUUGAAUCCAAUUAAGAAUCAAACUGUCCUAUCAAUCAUGGGUCAAACAGAAUUCAAACCAUCCCCGGUCAUCCACAAAGUUUACGAACAAAUCAAUGGUACUAUCAAGGUGGGAGAAAAUAUUUACUUUGCAAUUCCAAUCUCAAAUUCAAGAAAGCUCGUUAUGGAAGGUAAUUUCAAUACCCUCUCAAAAUCUGAUGAAACAAAACUGGAAAUUUAUAUCCAAGAUGAUGUUUAUGAUAGCAUUCCAUUGCCAUCUCCUGUUAGCUUUUCAGAAAAGUUUACCUUAUUACCAAAACAAGAAAAGAGAAAAUUCAACUUACCAAUUUCAGAAACCACCAAAAAUAUCGCAUUCCUUUUGCAAUGUUCAAGUACUGAUCCAUCUGAGCAGUGUUCAUUCUCAUUCCAAGUUUAUACUCCAAGUCCAGUGAAUGAUCUAGUUGUUCCUCUUUCAGUUUCAAAUUAUCAUCACAAUUCAUCAUCCAAUUCUUCAUACAAUAAUUCCUCGGGACGAAGUAAUAACAAGAAUAAUUACUCGACAUCAUCAUAUGGUUCCUACAAUAAGAAGAGAAAUUAUGAUGAUUAUGGAAAAUACAAUAAAGAUGAAUAUAAUCAUGAUGGAAAGAAACAGAAUUACUCUUCUUCAUCAUCUUCUCAUCACAAUGAUAGAGGAAGUUACAAUAAGAGGAAUAAAAUUGGAGCAAGUAAAUGUAGAGACUUGGAGGAUGCCUUUCCAUUCCGUGAUUAUAAAUUAGCCAAGUUGGCUGGUUUGGAUUAUAAGAGUUUCGUUCCAGAAGAAUCACAACUUUUAAUGAUGAAUUGGAUUUUGGAUGUAAGAGAUGAAAAUUGUCCAUUACUCAGCUAUUCAAAGAAGAGUAGAAGUAAGAAUACUCUUAUAGAUGGUUUUGCUGGAGUUGGAGCUACAAGUUUAUUAUUAAUUAGAAAGAGUGGAUCCUUUGAUAAUAUUGUGGCUGUAGAAAAUAAUAGAGAAAUAUUUGAAUGUUUGAAAGAUAAUUUGAAAUCCUUCAAAUUUAAUGAUUUGGUAAAUUGUGUAAAUCAGGAUUUCAUGGAUUGGAUGAGGGAAUCCUACUCAAAAGUAGAAUAUUUCAAAUCUAUAAUAUAUGUUGACAUUGACCUCUUUUCAAAGACAAAAUUAUUCGAAUCUGCUGAGGACAAAACUAAUUCACUUUGUGAAAUGAGUAGAGAGAUUUUGGAAGAUUUAGAAUGUCCCUUACUUAUUUUCAGAGGUAGAGACGAAGAAUCAGAAGCUCUGGUGAAACAAAUAGAGGGAAAAUGCAAAACGAGAAAAAUCAUUGAAAAUAGAAACAUUCAAGAUGGCCAUACAAUGGUAGCUAUAUUGCCAAUUCUCGAAUCAGAUACAGAUAAGGAAACGGAUUUGGAUAAGAAUGGUCUUCCAACUGUACUCUCCCAAAAACAAUUCAGUUAUGUUUGGUUCAAUUCUGCUGGAGAUAUCAAGAAGAGAUUUAUUCAAAUUCUUUCAAAACAAAUGCUCAGGAAAUGUUUCAAGCAACAAGAAAUUGUACAAAACAAGAUUGGAAAAAUUAUAGAACAAUACGAGAAGGAUCAGGAAAUUUAUGAUCAACUUUACAACUUGUUUCAGAACGAAAUAUUCAAAUCACGUGAAUAUCUUCAAGAAAAUCCUGUGAAUUUAACCAAAAUGACAUCUGAUUCAUCUGUUGAUACGUCAUAUAGAGCAAACAAUAGAUCGAGUAAGAUUAAGGAAAUUCUUCCAAGCAAUGCAAAAAUAAGAAACAUGUUAGACAUUGGAUGUUCAGAAGGAUCCAUUACUGCUGUAGUUGGUACUGAAUUGGGAUUAAGUAAGGAAAACAUUCACGGCUGCGAUGUCAGAGAUAUUGGAAAGAGUUACACAACAGGAUUUACCUUUACACUCAUCAGUGAGGAUAAUAAUAAGCUUCCCUAUGAGUCUAAUUCGUUUUCUCUUGUGGUAGCCCUUAUGUCUCUUCAUCACAUUAAGAAUGUAGAGGAGACCAUCAAGGAAAUUCACAGAGUUUUAGAACCUGGUGGUGUAUUCAUUAUUAGAGAACACGAUUGCACACCCACAGAGAUUUCACUCGUGUUGGACAUUAUGCACGGACUGUACUCUAUGGUUUGGUCUUCUCCUAGAGAAAUGCCAAAUUUUUGCACUGAAUACUAUGCAGAAUAUAGAUCUAGAGAAGAGUGGUCCAAUCUCAUUAGCUCUCUCAAAUAUCAAGAUGGUGAAAAAUUAUAUGGAUUUGAAGUGGACUAUAGUGAAGAUGUAGAUCAGAUAUCACAACAAACAUCCUCAUCAUCUUCUUAUAGAAGAAAUCAAGAUAUUAGAAAUCCAUUUCGUUCCUAUCAUUCAGUUUUCAUUAAAAAGGAGCUUUAA